ACCUUCCAUAUACCCCUUCGACAUUUUUCCAGAUUUCUGCAGAAAGCUGCUGCUGUAGAGGAAUCAGAUGGACGGAUUUGUUCUCAGUUGCAGUGGAAAAUGAGGCUGAAGACCCAACAGGAGAACAUUUCUUCCAGCGUGCGGCGGCUGGUGCGGUAGGAGGGAGUCUGGGGGAGAGAGAGGGAGCGAGGGAGUGAGGAGGGGGUUGGUCCGGGAGAGAGCAUGGCAGCGGCAGCCACAGCGCUGCUGACUUGGUUCUCCUUCACUUAGACCCGAAAGCACCGUGUCCUGUGCGCUCCUGGCGCAGACCCCGUGCGUCAUUCUGUUGUUUUCUUUCCGCCUCGCUUCACUCUUUUUGCGUCAAGAAGCCGGGACCAGGAGCGGCUGAGAGUUCAGCCCGGAUCCGGAGAAAGCCGACCCUCCUCGGCCGCCCUGAACCCUCCGGACCGGAGCAGCGGCGCUCCAUGUGCGCCUCGUCGGUCCGACAACUGAACCCGGAGUUACGCCGAACGGAACCGACCCGAGAUCCGCUGAUUUAACAGAAAGCAAGCAGAUACACGCAGAGGGAGGCUAAGUUAACGCUCCGCAGCAGAACCAGAACCAGAACCAGAACCGGACCUCAGCCCAGCGCAGACAUGCCGCAGGUGGAAAUGAUCCUGUUCCUCAUCCUCAUUAUUGGGAUGUGCGUGUUCGGCCAGGACCCGGCGUCCAAGGUGGUGUCGGACCGCUACGCUGUCUUCUGGAACCGGACCAACCCAAAAUUUUACCGGGGUGAUUACCACAUCGACGUCUGCAUCAACGACUACCUGGACGUCUACUGUCCGCACUACGUGAGCCCGGUGUCGGACGAUCGGGCCGAGCGCUACGUCCUCUACAUGGUGAACUACGACGGCUACAGCUCCUGCGACCACACCGCCAAGGGCUUCAAGCGCUGGGAGUGCAACCGGCCUCUGUCGCCCAACGGGCCGCUCAAGUUCUCCGAGAAGUUCCAGCUCUUCACUCCGUUCUCCUUAGGCUUCGAGUUUCGCCCCGGCAGAGAGUAUUAUUACAUCUCCUCCAUCACCGACGUCAGAGGAAGGAGGAGCUGCCUUCGGCUCAAGGUCUUCGUCAGGCCCCAAAACAAUUGUGUGAAAAACUCUGGGAGCUCGCAGGAAGGAGUCGAAUUUGACGAAAACAGUCACAACUCGCUUGAACCCAGAGAUGGAAUCAACCACGAGUCGCCGGAACCAGCCAGACAGGACGUGAACUCUGCCGGUCAGCGACGGUUUUCCAUCCUUCUGCUCAGCUCUGCCCUGAUGCUCCUGGCAGCCAUUUUGUCUUUAUAGCGGCCGAGGCUCUUCACCGGGGAAAGGACUGUCCUGAGUGGACCACAGCUCGCCACCUCCCUCUUUAAGGAGCACUUUUUAAAAAAAUAAAAUGAAAAAAAAACCCAAAACCGAGGAGAAUCUCUGUCUGAGAGGGGAAGAGACUUCGACAAGCGAAGCCUUUCCUUGUUUUUGUCGACUUUGUGACUCUUCGCGGCGGAAGAGCCUCGCUGUAAUUCACAGUAUGCAGAUACUUCACCGUUAUUUUUAAGACGUUCCCACUCGGGACACCGUCUACACAAACGCGACACUAAUUAUCCCGAGUAGCAAAGAAGCACAGCAGGAUCCUGAAAAAAGUUUACAGACAUUUUUUUCUCCCCUUUGUUUUGGUUUUUUGGGAACUUCGUGUCACUUCGUGUCACUUCGUUGCGGGAGGAACAAUGGAGGACGCUGCUGCUGUGAUGACUUAACCUUCCUCUCAGGUUAGAAAGGACGCAUCGUCGCGGACUCUGGAGCCGUUAGAAAAAUAUUAAGGAAGCACUCAUCUCUUAGUGUUUGGACAGAAUCAAUUUAAUGAUCAAUUAAUGCAUUUAUUUGUUUUUUUUUUUAUUUACCAUGUAAUUGUAGCAGUCAACACAGGUGUACAGUAAAAUAUUUGAACGGAGAGCAGAAGCGGACAAGGAGUUUUACCAGGCAAAAUGUUCUUUUCCUAUUUAUUGUGACGUCUUUGUGCUUUUUUUCUGUUCUGGUUUAGUCUGUAAGUACAGUUAUAACGGCAAUACAAACAAACACCCAUCACAGGAUGUUAGCUCAUCUUACACUUACGUUUGGAAAAACAAAAAAGGAAAAAAAAGAGUUUGUGUCUGUUUUGGAAUGAUCACAUGUGAUGGAUCUAGUUGUUUUUAACAAAAGUUUAGGAAAAGAAGAAGAGACUGGUGUGCAUCAGGGUGUAGAAAUCGAGUAUUUGUGUUUUGAAUUUGCCACUGAUGAAUGUCACAAACGUAGUUUUGCUGUUACACUCUUGUUUUCGUGGAUCACUAUUUACACUGCUAUUGUAAAUACAGGCAAGUUUAAAAUUCAGGGAUGUAUCCGUGCCGAACAUGAUCAAUAAAAAGAACAGCUUUUUACGCCAAUCUAGAGGGAAAUCCCCCUUGAUUAAUACAGAAGUACGGAACUCAGCAAGGGCCAAUUGCCAAAAAAGAAAGAAAAGAUGAAGGUGGGGAAAUAGUUUAAACUAUUGGUAAUUUGCUUAUUUUGCUUUCACAAUUUAAUAAUUUUAAAACAGACCCCACACCAGGCACCCAACUUAACACUCCUCGAAAUGUCUAAUAAAUAAAACAAUUCAUGAUUUCAGUAGAAUGAUUUCAACCUAUAAUUUGGUUGAAUGAUCUCAGUUGAAAACUCAUGAAGAAAUAAACAACAAUAAAUAAAUGUUUUUCUAAAUUGUUGGUGCCGCUCUAUAAAAAAAAAUAAUGUGAGAAAUUCACCUUGAAAAAGGAAUAUGUUACCUAGCUAGUGCCAAGAAAAAAAUUAAAGUCAUAGUAAGCUCCCAGUAAGCUGUUUAAAUAUUUUCACUUAUGGAUUUUAUAUUUUUAUUUUUCCCUCUACAAACAACAAAUAUUGAUGUUUCACGAAUUCAAACUUAAAAGUUUAAUAUCUUUAAAAUAAAUCACAUCUACACUCCUCUCCACCUCCACAAUUAUUAGCAACACGAGUAGAGAGUUGAAAAAUGUUUUUUAAAUUAAUCUAUUUUUGCACUAGCACAACUUCAGCUUGAACAUUUCUGAAACCUCAAGCUUUUAAUUUUGGCACAUUUUUUGAGUCUUGAAGAAAAUAAUCAAUGUUAAUGUUUUUGUAAUAUAAAUAAUUGCUGGGACAGGUUUUGACAAACAAUUUCACGAAAAUUCCCUUAGGUAAGUUUAAAAAAUAUGGAACU